AUGGUUUCCCUGUAUAAGGAGACUCAAGGGUUCUUAAUGGUGUGCUCUCUACUGAUUAAUACAACAGUAAACGUCUCUGAGGGCAAAGACAGUCAGACUGCUGGAAUAUCUCAAGAAUGUGAAGUAUACAGCAAAUUAUUCACUUAUCCUAUUCAUCUUAAAAAGCGCGUAAAAAUUCACAGUGGAGAGAAACCCUAUGAGUAUAAACAAUGUAAUGGAACAUUCAAGAGAUCCAGUCAUCUUUGGAAACAUGAAAAAACUGACAGUGGAGAGAAAUCCUAUGAGUGUAAACAAUGUAGUAAAACAUUCAGUCAAGCUGGUCAUCUUCAUAUACAUGAACGAACUCACAGUGGAGAAAAACCCUAUGAAUGUAUACAAUGUAGUAAAACAUUCAGUGAUUCCAGUAUUCUUUGGGAACAUGAAAGAAUUCACAGUGGAGAGAAACCCUAUGAAAGUAAAGAGUGUAGUGAAACAUUCAGUGAUUCCAGUCAUCAUCGGAGACAUGAAAGAAUUCAUAGUGGAGAGAAACCCUAUGAAUGUAAACAAUGUAGUAAAGCAUUCAGUUCUUCCAGUAGUCUUCAGGCACAUAAAAUAAUUCACAGUGGAGAGAAACCCUAUGAAUGUAAACUAUGUAGUAAAACAUUCGGUUAUGCCAGUAAUCUUUGGGCACAUGAAAGAACUCACAGUGGAAGGAAACCCUAUGAAUGCAAGCAGUGUAGUAAAACAUUCUGUGAUUGCAAUAGUCUUCAGAGACAUGAAAGAAUUCACAGUGGAGCGAAACCCUAUGAAUGUAAACAGUGUAGUAAAAUAUUCAGUGAUUCCAGUAGUCGUCGGAGACAUGAAAGAAUUCACAGUGGAGAGAAACCCUAUGAAUGUAAACAAUGUAGUAAAACAUUCAGUGAUUCCAGUACUCUUCGGGCACAUGAAAGAAUUCACAGUGGAGAGAAACCCUAUGAAUGUAAACAAUGUAGUAAAACAUUCAGAUCUUCCAGUAAUCUUCGGGCACAUGAAAGAAUUCACAGUGGAGAGAAACCCUAUGAAUGUAAACUAUGUAGUAAAACAUUCGGGCAUUCCAGUCAUCUUCGGAGACAUGACAUAAUUCACAGGGGAGAGAAACCCUAUGAAUGUAAACACUGUAGUAAAACAUUCAGUUCUUCCAGUAGUCUUCGAGCACAUGAAAGAAUUCACAGUGGAGAGAAACCCUAUGAAUGUAAACUAUGCAGUAAAACAUUCAGUUAUGCCAGUAAUCUUUGGGCACAUGAAAGAACUCACAGUAGAGAGAAACCCUAUGAAUGCAAACAGUGUAGUAAAACAUUCAGUGAUUGCAGUAGUCUUCAGAGACAUGAAAGAGUUCACAGCGGAGCGAAACCCUAUGAAUGUAAACAGUGUAGUAAAACAUUCAGUGAUUCCAGUAGUCGUCGGAGACAUGAAAGAAUUCACAGUGGAGAGAAACCCUAUGAAUGUAAACAAUGUAGUAAAGCAUUCAGUUAUUCCAGUAGUCUUCGGGCACAUGAAAGAAUUCACAGUGGAGAGAAACCCUAUGAAUGUAAACAAUGUAGUAAAACAUUCGGGAAUUCCAGUUACCUUCGGAGACAUGACAGAAUUCACAGUGGAGAGAAACCCUAUGAAUGUAAACAAUGUAGUAAAACAUUCGGGAAUUCCAGUUAUCUUCGGCGACAUGACAGAAUUCACAGUGGAGAGAAACCCUAUGAAUGUAAACAAUGUAGUAAAACAUUCAGUUAUUGCAGUAAUCUUCAGUAACAAUAACAAUAAAAUCUAUAAUAAAAAUGGAAAACAAAUGCAAAAAAAAUGGAAAAUAAAAAAUAUGAGGAAAAAGACAAAAACCUUUAUUUUGGUUCAUCACUCAUGAACCUUUUGCGGUUAGGAAGCAGGGGCUUGAAUUUUUUUACUUUUGCAUGGUACCAUGUGCACUGCAGUAAACCCUACCACCAUGUCCCCAUUGAAAAAAAAUUUUUAAUACAGUGUAAGGUUUUGCAUCAUCUAAACUAGACCAAAAAAAGAAAAGAAAAAGAAUGUUUGGAGUCAGUGCAGGUGGCACAAAGCCCAAGGACCUGUGACUGAGAAAGCUUUGGUAUACAUGCACAAUGGAAUACUAUGCAGCUAUUAAGAACAAUGAACCCACCUUCUCUGACCCAUCUUGGUCAGAACUAGAAGGAAUUAUGUUAUUUGAGCUAAGUCAGAAAGAUAAAGAUGAGUAUGAGACGAUUC